UUGAGGUUUUACGGGUUUUGAAGACCCGACGUGCGCAUUACGUUUUCAUCCAGCGAGAUCUUGAAUUGUGGUUUAGGGGCACGCAGACACAGAAAAAGGGGGUGUAGGGUUUGUGGGUAUGUGGAAAAAUGGGGCAUAGUUCAAGGAAGAAGAAGAAGGGAGGGGGGAGUGGGAGUGGGAGUGGGAGUGGGAGGAGAAGCAAGGGAAAGGAUCACGCUUUUCAUGCCGAUGAAGAUAACGAGCUUCUUGCUGACGAGAUCACUGCCUUGUCUGCAAUAUUUCAAGAUGACUGCACAGUUGUAAUGGGAUUGGCUCCUCAAGUUAUUAUUAAGCUCAGGCCACACUCGAAGGAUAUGGGCUACGAGGAUCUUGAUGUUUCUGCUAUUCUUUCAGUGAGGUGCUUGCCAGGGUAUCCUUACAAGUGCCCAAAGUUGCUGGUUACUCCAGAGAAAGGUGUGACAAAAAGUGAUGUUGAUAAACUGCUAUCCCUUCUUCACGAGCAGGCAAAUUCUAAUUCUCGAGAAGGUCGGGUAAUGAUCUUCAAUUUGGUAGAGGCUGCCCAAGAAUUCCUCUCUGAAGUUGUUCGACUGGGUCAGUCAAAUGAUACUGUUCCAAGCUCCAUUGCAAAGUGCGGUGACCAAUUUGUUCAAGAUGACAUUACAAUUUCAAGUAACAAGAGUGGCUAUGCUAGGGGUCCUUUUGUUUUUGGUUUUCUAGACCUCUUCAGUGGCUCAGGAGAGUCAUGGCAUUGGAGUAUUAAAAUGGAUGAAAAUAAGGUGGCUGCUUCUACUGUACAAUCUCAGGUCCUAAAUGAUUCAAAAGUUGGUUAUGAUGAUUCUCAUGCAAACAAGCUUGAUAAGAAUGCACAGCCAUUGAAAGUGCAAGAUACAAAGCAGGGUCCGGUGCAACCUCCUAUUUCAAAACUAGAUACACUUGAAGAAGAUAAUGAAGAGGACGAUACAAGCAUUUCAUCUUCUAAUUCAUGUAGAUCUCUGAUCGAGGAACCUGUAUGGAAUUCUGCAAAAGAAGAGAAAGAGGAGCAUAGGACAGAGGAUGAUGGUGAUUCAGAAAGUGAGUGUUCACUGUCAUUGUCUCCUGCUUCCUUAGGUUAUGGUCAAACAUCUGAGAAUGUUGAAAGGGAUUUAUUACUGGUUCACCUGCUUCGCCUUGCAUGUGCUUCUAAAAGUCCAUUUGCUGAUGCUUUGCCACAAAUAGCCUCUGAACUAUGCGAUCUCGGUUUUUUUUCAGAAUGGGUGCGGGACUUAGCUUCUAAGCCAUCUUCACUCUUUAGCAAAACCUUUGAUCAAGUUUUCCACAAGCAUAUGGUUUCAUCUGGAGUAUCUCAAUUUUGGAAACCUGUAACUGAUUCUGAAGGGCCAAAUACAUCUCUCCCAAGCUCUCGAUAUCUUAGCGACUUUGAGGAGCUGCAUUCCCUUGGCCACGGGGGUUUCGGCCAUGUUGUAUUGUGCAAGAAUAAGCUGGAUGGAAGGCAGUAUGCUGUGAAGAAAAUCCGUCUUAAGGACAAAAAUUUACCAGUUAAUGAACGAAUAUUGAGAGAAGUAGCCACACUUUCAAGGUUACAGCACCACCAUGUGGUCCGUUACUAUCAGGCAUGGUUUGAAACUGGAAUUACUGGUCCUUUCGGUGACACCGCUCGGGGUUCAAUAACUGCUGUGAGCUCCACAUUCAGCUUCAGGGACUCUAGCGUGUCAGAUAACCCCGGGCAGGAAAAUAAAUCUGAGUCAACGUAUCUGUAUAUUCAAAUGGAAUAUUGCCCAAGGACUCUUCGCCAGGUUUUUGAAUCAUAUGAUCAUUUUGACAAAGAAUUAGCUUGGCAUUGGUUUCGGCAAAUAGUAGAAGGUUUGGCUCAUAUACAUGGUCAAGGAAUCAUUCAUCGGGACUUAACCCCAAGUAAUAUCUUUUUUGAUGCUCGCAAUGAUAUCAAAAUUGGGGAUUUCGGUCUUGCUAAGUUCUUGAAACUAGAGCAGCUGGAUCAGGAUUCGGGGUUUCCUACCGAUACAGCCGGAGUUUCUGGUGAUGGUGCUGGGGUUACUGGUCAAGUAGGUACCUACUUUUACACUGCUCCUGAAAUAGAACAGGGCUGGCCGAAGAUUAAUGAAAAGGCUGACAUGUACAGCUUAGGAGUUGUAUUCUUUGAGCUUUGGCACCCUUUUGCUACUGCAAUGGAGAGACAUAUCGUUCUAUCUGAUUUGAAACAGAAAGGGGAACUUCCUCAGACUUGGGUUGCCGAGUUUCCGGAACAAGCAUUGCUGUUGCAGCGUUUAAUGUCAUCUAGUUCUUCUGAGCGUCCAUCUGUCACAGAGCUCCUGCAGAAUGCAUUCCCUCCACGAAUGGAGUACGAAUUAUUGGAUAAUAUUCUACGAACAAUGCAAACAUCCGAGGACACAAGUGUGUAUGAUAAGGUUGUGAAUACCAUCUUUGACGAUGAGGCUUUAGAGAUGAAAAUCCAGCGUCAUUGUGCUGGUAGAUUGAGGAUGGACCGAGAUGGCAUGCCCUCUAUCCAGUACACAGAUGUCAAUACUGAGCUUCGUGAUUAUGUUAUUGAGAUUACCAGGGAAAUGUUUAGAAAACACUGUGCACGGCAUCUGGAAGUGAUACCGAUAAGCUUACUGGAUGAUUCGCCUCAGUUUAAUAGCAUGAUAAGGAACACUGUCAAGCUUCUGACCCAUGGAGGAGAUAUGCUCGAGCUUUGUCAUGAGUUACGUCUGCCUUUUGUUUCUUGGGUCAUUGCAAACCAGAAAUUUUCGUUCAAACGAUAUGAAAUAUCAUCUGUUUAUAGGAGAGCUAUUGGCCAUUCACCACCAAAUCGAUAUCUUCAGGGUGAUUUUGACAUUAUUGGAGGUGCAUCAGCUUUGACAGAAGCAGAGAUUAUUAAGGUGGCAAUGGACAUUUUGACUUGUUUCUUUCAUGGAGACUCAUGUGAUGUUCACCUAAAUCAUGGAGACCUAUUGGAAGCUAUUUGGUCUUGGGUAGGAAUCAAGCCAGACCAUCGGCAGAAAGUAGCAGAGCUUCUUUCAAUGAUGGGCUCUCUGCGUCCUCAAUCUUCUGAACGCAAGCUGAAAUGGGCAGUGAUAAGGCGUCAGCUUUUACAGGAACUCGAUUUAGCAGAAGAGAUUUUAAAUAGAUUGCAGACUGUUGGUUUGAGGUUCUGUGGCUCUGCUGACCUGGCUCUCCCUAGAUUGAGAGGAGCCUUGCCAUCUGACAAGCCGACGCGAAAAGCACUUGAUGAGUUGUCAGAUCUCCUUAGCUACUUGAGAGUCUGGAAGAUUGAAAGCCAUGUAUACAUAGAUGCACUAAUUCCACCGACAGAGAACUAUCACAGAAAUUUGUUUUUUCAGAUAUACUUAACAAAGGAGGACAUCGUUGGCUCACUAAUUGAAGGUGCAUUGGUUGCUGUUGGUGGUCGCUAUGAUUAUUUGCUACAUCAAAUGUGGGAUCAUGAAUAUAAAACAAAUCCUCCUGGAGCUGUUGGAAUCAGCCUUGCACUAGAGACGAUGAUUCAGUAUUCUCCAGUAGAUUUGAAACUUAUGCGGAAUGAAGCUUGCACCGAUAUUCUUGUUUGUUCAAGGGGAGGAGGAGGUUUAUUGGUGGAGCGAAUGGAACUAGUUUCUGAACUAUGGGAGGAAAAUAUAAAGGCUGAGUUUGUUCCAGUUCCUGAUCCAAGCCUCACAGAGCAAUAUGAAUAUGCCAAUGAGCAUGAUAUAAGGUGUCUGGUAAUCAUACGAGAUGCAGGUCUGUCGCCAACAGGAUUUGUGAAGGUUCGCCAUCUUGAACUUAAGAAGGAAAAGGAAGUCCGGAGAGACAAGCUGACGAAGUUUCUAUUAGAGGCAACGGGAACACAAUUCAGAAACCCUUCUCUCUGGAUUCAUGAUGUUUGAGUUGCUGCCAUUGCGAGAUGCCUUAUUUCUUUUCAAGAGGGGCAUAUGUAUUAUCGUCCAUUGUUUGGUGGGAAGCAAAAGUGCAGAUUAGAUGCUUAUGCGACCUUAGUUAUCCAUGGGGUGUCUUCUGUGUAUAUAUCAAGUGAAUAAAGCUGCUGUUCCUUUGUUUAUGUUAUAUGUAUGUACUAGGGGACGACCCGCGCGAUGCAGCGGGUAAAUUUUGAUUUUGUUUUUUGGGUAUGUAAGUUAGACUGUGCGUACUGUAGUUGUUAACUCAUUUUUGUUAACUAUAGUUAACGUUGGUUAAUGAAGUAAUUUAUGUUUUAUGGUGAA